GAUCCCCGUCCCUCCUUAAAAAGAGGUCAAAUUUGCUCCCGGCUUUAAUCCCGGGGAUGGGUGGCGCUUUCUAAGUAGGCGGGUUGCUUAAAACACGCCGCGGCUCACCCAGUGGUUCUUAGAUGGCGGAGGAUGCUUUGUGUGGGUGGCUGCAGUAAUAUGGCUUGUUACCUCAGGUGCUGAUUCAUUGAUGCUUUUAAUUUAUUCAGCGAGCAGUCAGUGUGUUUCCAUAUUUGCCUGACUGGAGACUCUAUACCCUAGUAACGUCAGGAUGAAUCGCCUGUGCCCGCAGCUGAUGCGCCACAUGGACCAGCUCUUGAGCCUCAUAGAGUUCAACAGCAGCAUUGAACUAGACUGCCUCCAGAUUGCCAAAUGUCUCGAGGGGAUGCGCCAGCGAUGCUGCCGCCUGGAUCGCGACUUGCAGGGAGCAAGGGAGAAGCUGCGCCAGUCGGAGUCCGAACGUUCAGUCCUGGAAGUGAAGUUGAAACACGCCCGCAACCAAGUGGAAGUGGAGAUGAAGAAAAGGCAUCGGGCAGAAGCUGAGCUGGAAAAGCAGGAGCGCAAGCUGCAGCUUAUCUAUGACUACCUGAUGUCUGAUUCACAGAUCAGUCCUUUCAGUGAGGACCAGCGCUCAGCCCUGGCGGCUUUGGACAGGCCAUGUUUCAGCCGCAGCACCCUGCUGCCAGGCAAGCGGCCCUCUGCAGUGGAAGGACUUGGCACCUCAAUCAUAUCUGACAUCAGCUUUGAUCACUCGGAUGACGAAGUGGAUUUGGAAGUAAUAAAAUACCUCAAAGGCAGAGACAAAGGGUGCUCCUCCCUCGUGCCCCCGAUUCAGCCAGUGGCAACAACCAAAUCUGCACGAACAUCUGUGGCACCUCUGCCUCCUAGCGGCAAUGAGAUGUCUGUGGCGAUUCUGAGAUCGGGAGCCACUGCCCACGUUUUGCCCCCCAUUGCUGUGGUGCCCCGUCAUCGAUCCCGGCAGAGCCGUUGCCUCUCCACACGCUCAGACGCCACUUCUGUCUGGGGCAGCAGUGAGGGGUCAGGCAGAAGUAAUAGCCAGGCUGAGAGUGACGCCAUUGGCAUGAAGAUUAGGACUGAGUUGAGGGGUGUUCAGGACCCCUUUUCUCCUUCUCCCACACAGGGAACACCACCCCUUCAAGAGCACCACUUUACUUCCAAGACGAUGAUCAGCCUAGAGUCGUGUGCGGUUUGCAAAUCCCGCCUGCGCUUUGGGAAGAUGGCCCUGAAAUGUCGGCCCUGCCAGCUUGUAGUGCAUCCCGAGUGCAAAGAACGCUGCCCGUCAGUGUGCAGGCCAACUGCCUCUCCCAGAGCGAGAGAGGGCAUUCUGGCAGAUUUUGCACCCUCCACCCCACCUCUGGUGCCCCCACUAGUCAUCCAGUGUGUGAAUCAAGUGGAAAGGCGUGGCCUGAAGGAGACUGGGCUAUACAGAGUGCCAGGUUCAGAGCACCUCGUUCGAGAAUGGAAGCGCAAGCUGCUUUGUGCCCGAGGAGCGCUUCCCUCACUGGACCAGGUGACUGAUGUCAAUGUGAUCUGUGGGGUUCUCAAGGACUUUCUGAGGAGCCUGAAGGAACCUCUAGUGACCUUUGCUCUGCACCCUGCCUUCCUGCAUGCUUCAGAAAUUCCAGAUGAAGCUGCUCGCCAGACUGCACUCUGCCAUGUUGUGAUGAAGUUGCCUCUGGCCAAUAGGGACACACUGGCUUUUCUGAUGCUGCAUCUCCAUAGGGUCAUGCAGAGCCCUGAGUGUCGAAUGGACCGGCACAACCUAGCACGCAUCUUUGGACCGACUCUAGUUGGGCACAGUAAUCCUAGCCCUUCCCCACGCAUCAUCAUGGAAGACACACCACGCCAAUGCCUGGUGGUUGCCCAUCUCUUAGCACUGCCUCUUUCGUUCUGGAGACAUUUUGUGGGAGAAGAACAGGAAAACCUGGUGCCUUCAGUGCAAAAGCCCAGCGUUGUGAAUGAGCAAGACCAGCUCCUCCUUCCUCUGACUCCCCCUGAAGUCAGCACCAUCCAGAUGAGCCCAGGAGGUGGCUGUCUCCCUAAUAAGCUACGGGACUGCAUUGGGACCACCUUCCCACCCUUGAAUGCCUCCCGCACCAAGAAGACGGGCAAAUUCUUCCCACUUCCAAUAUCAUGAAGCAACUCUGAUGCACCAGCGUUGCCUUGGCUUCCUCCCAGCAACCCUCUUCCUUGCCACCUCCAGAUUCCAGGCCUGUGUCCU